AUGAGUGAAUCCAACAAAUACAUUUUUUUCUUUUGUGCCAAAGGACUCGUGGAAAAAAAGAAAAAAGGUGAAGAAAAAUUACUCCGUGAAUAUCAUGAUCAUUUAAAUCGUUAUCACUUAUCCACCCUGGUUGAGAUCGAGUUAGAAAAUACAACUGAACCUUUCCUCAUUCAUCGUAAUCCCAUGCCUUUCUCACCCUGUAAAUUUUUUUUUUCAACCGUACAUCUGUGUUACGUCACUACAAGACCUGUAAAGCCGCCGGUCCCUCCAGCCUCGAAUGCCGAUACAUGUUCAGAUAGCCAUUCAUUACAGGAUAGUGUUAAAAAAUAUGAGGCAGUAAUUAAGAUGCUUUGUGAGAGGGUAGACGCUCUUGAAGAGAGAAAACGUUCGUUACUCCCUCAACUUCAAAACAAUAACUUCCAAUUCUCAUCCUUUACUUCCUCAUUACUCCAUGGAUAUCUUGAAAUAUGUUGGAAAAAAUCUUCCGACAAAAAAGCAGAUCCCAAAAUAAGGUGUACACUCUUUUUUGCCUACUUGAUGGAGAACCGCUUUCUGUCCUCAUUGAUGCAUCUGCGCUCUCCUGCACCAGCGUUUGCCGACUCAAAAGAUUCAUUGCACGGGCUCGUGACAUUGACAAAGCUUGAGAACAUUCAUAAGUUGUUUGACAAUUUUGAAUCGUUGGCAAUGCUUUUCGAAUCAACAGAAAUGAAUCGAAAGAGACCACUCGAUCAUGACAGUGAGAAUGACAAUACUGCCGAGAGUAAACAACGACUACGGCGUUCUAAAAGAACAUUGGCAAGACAUUUACGAAAAACCCGUUGA